GGGGAAGCGGGAGGACCGGGGGCCUCCACGGCGCGGGGACCGCCCAGCCUGCGGCUCCGGCCCGGCGCCGGCCGGCCGUCUGCCGGGAGCGGGCGCUUUCCCGGCGCGCGGCCGCCCGGCUCUCCCCGGCCGCCCCGCGCUCCCUGCGGGAGGAGCCGGCCGCCGUGACGCGUCAGGGAGGAAACGCCAGCGCCCGGCAGCCCUGCCGGGAAGGAGGAAGCGCCAGUGCGCUCGGCUCCGCGCCCGCCGCGCGGGGAGGCAGCACCGCGGAGCCGGGUUGCAUGAUGGAAUUUGAACAUUACCUCGAGAGGUUUUAUGUUUUGGAUUAGCUAAUUGUGUUUGUCCUCUGCUGACUCUUUCUUCGGACUCCCUUUCUGGUAUCCUUUUGAGGCAAUAAACUCAAAGGGAUUUUGCCAUGGACUACAAGGAAAGCUGCCCAAGUGUAAGCAUUCCCAGCUCUGAUGAACACAGAGAGAAAAAGAAGAGGUUUACUGUUUAUAAAGUCCUGGUCUCAGUGGGCAGGAGUGAGUGGUUUGUCUUCAGGAGAUAUGCAGAGUUUGAUAAGCUUUACAAUACUUUAAGGAAACAAUUUCCUGCUAUGGCCCUGAAGAUUCCUGCCAAGAGAAUAUUUGGUGAUAAUUUUGAUCCAGUAUUGUCUCUCUUAACAGAUUUUAUUAAACAGAGAAGAGCAGGACUGAAUGAAUUCAUUCAGAACUUAGUUAGGCAUCCAGAGCUUUACAACCAUCCAGAUGUCAGAGCAUUCCUUCAAAUGGACAGUCCAAAGCAUCAGUCAGAUCCAUCUGAAGAUGAGGAAGACAGAAGUACUCAGAAGCUACACUCUACCUCACAGAACAUCAACCUGGGACCAUCUGGAAAUCCUCAUGCUAAACCAACAGACUUUGAUUUCUUAAAAGUUAUUGGAAAAGGCAGCUUUGGCAAGGUUCUUCUUGCAAAACGGAAACUGGAUGGAAAAUUUUAUGCUGUCAAAGUGUUACAGAAAAAGAUAGUUCUCAACAGGAAAGAGCAAAAACACAUUAUGGCUGAACGUAAUGUGCUCUUGAAAAAUGUGAAGCAUCCAUUUUUGGUUGGAUUACAUUAUUCUUUCCAAACAACUGAAAAGCUUUAUUUUGUUCUGGAUUUUGUUAAUGGAGGGGAGCUGUUUUUUCACUUACAAAGAGAACGUUCCUUUCCUGAACACAGAGCUAGGUUUUAUGCUGCUGAAAUUGCCAGUGCAUUGGGUUACUUGCACUCCAUAAAAAUAGUGUACAGAGACUUGAAACCAGAAAAUAUUCUUUUGGAUUCGGUAGGACAUGUUGUCUUAACAGAUUUUGGGCUUUGUAAAGAAGGAAUUGCUAUUUCUGACACCACAACAACAUUUUGUGGGACACCAGAGUACCUAGCACCUGAAGUAAUCAGAAAACAGCCCUACGACAACACUGUAGACUGGUGGUGCCUUGGUGCUGUUCUGUAUGAAAUGCUGUAUGGAUUGCCUCCUUUUUAUUGCCGAGAUGUUGCUGAAAUGUAUGACAAUAUUCUCCAUAAGCCCCUAAAUUUGAGGCCAGGAGUCAGCCUCACAGCCUGGUCCAUUCUGGAAGAACUCCUAGAGAAAGACAGGCAAAAUCGACUCGGUGCCAAAGAAGACUUCCUUGAAAUUCAGAAUCAUCCUUUUUUUGAAUCACUCAGCUGGACUGAUCUUGUACAAAAGAAGAUUCCACCACCAUUUAAUCCUAAUGUGGCAGGACCAGAUGAUAUCAGGAACUUCGAUGCAAUGUUUACAGAAGAAACAGUUCCAUAUUCAGUGUGUGUGUCUUCUGACUAUUCCAUAGUGAACGCCAGCGUACUGGAGGCAGACGACGCCUUUGUUGGUUUCUCUUACGCACCUCCUUCAGAAGACUUAUUUUUGUGACCAGUCAGCCAUCCAGAAACCAUUGAGCAAAUAAACAUAAGCCUACAGAUGAGACAGAAACUCCUGUUUGUGUGAAUAUAUUCAAAUAUGUUUAACUAGUGCCUCAUUUUUACAUGUAAUGUUAAAAACUAUGAAAAAUGUAUUUUCUGCUGUAUGCAAGAAAAUAGGGCAUUUCAAAGAGCUAAGUUUUGAAUUAAAAUUUGUAUUCUUGUUUAUUAAGCUUAUUUUUAAACAGAAAUUUUAAAAGCUGUUGUUAUUAGCAUUAACCUAUUUUUAAAGAAAACUUUUUUGCUAAUGACUGUUUUUUUUCCCUCUAGGUUCACACUAACAUCUACCCAAGAUAGACUGGUUUUCGACAGUCUAUUUCAGUUAAUGUAUAUUAAUGCCUUCGUAGCUCUCUACUUUGACCUUUGUUCUCAGAUCACAACUAUGCAGUUGGUACAUGGUUGUUUAGGAAGAAACCAGAUAUUCAAUAGUGAAUCACUGUUUGACAUAAUCAUUUCUUGGUAGGAUUAAAACAUAAAAGCAUAGUUAACUCAUUGUCUGCUAGCUGCCACUUUGAAUAACCGUUCACUCUACAGAUCCAAUUAAGAACUAACAAAAGGAGAUCCUAUGCUUUUGAAAUACCAAUUCAGAUUUGUGAAUUAUUUUUCCUCUGGAGGAAAAGUAAAAGUUUAAUAGUUAGAAAUUUUAAGUAUUCCCAAAGAUCUGAAGGGAAAUAAAGUACUGCUGAAUUUUUUUUUUUUAGGUGGUGCCAAAAAUGAAUGUCUCUGUGUCAUGUAUUUAUAUUACCAGUACGUUCUAUUUAUGUUCUUUUUUGGUCCUUUGAAUAUUUAAUAUAUUGUUAAGUAGGUCUAAAUCUUGGUAUUUGCUUUUGCAAAUAGCUGUUCAAAACUGUCUUCCUAAUUGGUUGAUAAGUAAAAAAUAUUGCACUGUCUAGAGUAUUUACCUAAUUGGGAAUUAAAAAGUAGAAUAGCAAAUUAUGGGUCAGUAUAAAUGUGUACAGUUUUGCUACAGUGUAACAAAAACUAAAAAAUAAUUUAAGCAGAUGCACGGUCAGUAUCUUAUGUAUCUUAGAAAAAGUACAGGAUAGUGACCUUAAAAUCAUACUAAAAACCAACUAACUUGGGUACUUGUAAUUGUAAAAAAGAGUAUCUACUGAAAAACUAAAAAUGAAGCUUACCUUGGGAUUCUGAUUCUUAGUUUACAGAUUUUUCAAGUCUUGUAGGAAACUGUAAAAGUUUAGUGACACGAUUUCGAUGCUUCAGGAACAAGUAUUCUUUCCAUGUAUCUUCUCUUGAGAAAGAAAUUACAAAAACAUUUCACACGAAUACCCUUUAGCUUAAAAUUGUUCUGCAGCAGGGGGGAAGGGAGAGUGUGCUUUUGUUAGAUUAGUAAUAUUUGCAUCCAAUACACUGAAUCUUCCUUUACAGGUAAGACUUUAAUAGCGACACUGUAAAUAUUUGGUUUAUUUGGCACUACUGUAAGUUCUGCUUUUAUACAAAGCUCUUUGCUUAUUAUAAGGCAAAAUAAAAACUGUAGUUUCUGGUAUGAUUUUUUUUUAACUCAGCCAUUCCUUAAUUAAACUGCCAAAAAUUAAAGUGCAAUAUUGUAUGUUUUUAAGAACAAAUUUUAAGCAGAAUAUUGAUGUUUCUCAGAUCACAAGAAAUACAAAUCUUAUAUAGUAUAAUAAAAACUAGCAAAAAGAUGAAUGAUCAUCUAAUGCCUGCCAUUGUUUUAAAUUAAAAUUGGUGAUGGUUACAAGAGUCAUUACAAACAAUAAUUAUUCAUAUAUGUAAGGGAGAUAAGUAUAAAAUUUUAAUUGAAUAUUUGGGCAUACAUAGAAAUUACUAGAUUAUCAUAGGCUGACAUGUUUAAUAUUCAGGGAACAAAAUCUCUUCCACAUUUCAGGUUUAUCUUUUUUCUCAGAGCAUGCUAAGUCUUUUAGAAAAAUGUAUGCCCUUUGAAUAGUUGAACCAUUCCAUGGUUAUUGCCAAAAUAAACUAAAAGGCCUAAAUGAAGAGGCCCUGACAUUCUUCAUGUUACACAUACCUCUUAUUUUAUUGCAUAUGGUGCAGUGUGGGGCUUCCCAACCAUUGUCAUGUCACAGCACACACUGAAAAUUACAAAAUUUGGCACACCUGGGGAGAGGUGCCAACUGAGAGAGAUACUGGCAGCAGGCACUCGGUUCAAAAUUUUUCUAUGCCAAAAUAAUUUUUCAACUUACUUAUGAGCCAGCAAACACUGUUGGGAUAUAAUUUCAGCAAUGGCAAAUAUUUGAAAAGUGAUUUGCAAUAUUUAUUACUAUAAAAUUUUAUCACUGUAAAAAUUUACCAUUACCAGUAUGUUUUAGCAUACCUUGUAACUCUUACCAUGCUUACCCAUAGGCACAAUAUUACAAACCUUUACAUAGAUAUUUUAUGACUCUUGUAUAUCACAUACUGUAUGAAAAGUGGGAGUAGGUAUGUAGGAACAUUUUUGGUAGUGCUGGAAUGGUUUUCAAUAAAGUGUGUUAAAAUUGAUAACUUCUUUCCUCAUGUAUAUAGUUUGGAAGUUAGCUCUUUUUUUUUGUUUUUGUUUUUUGUUUUGAAGCUCUUUAUUGGAAUAUAUUUGCUUUUCACUCUUGUACCAGUUUUUGAGGUACACCAAAAUGAAUCAGCUGUAUUUAUACAUAUAUCCCCUCCCUUCCGAGACUCCCUCCCCCCCUCCCUGUCCUGGCCCACUAAGGCAUCACCCAUCAUCAAGUUGAUCUCCCUUUGUUACACAGCAACUUCCCACUAGCUAUCUAUUUUACAGUUGGUGGUGUAAAUACGUCUAUGCUAUUCUCUCACUUUGUCCCAGCUUUCCCUUCGCCCCCCCACCCCAGCCCCAUGUCCUCAAGUCCAUUCUCUACAACUGUAUCUCCACUCUUGCCCUGUCAUUGGAUUCAUCAGUACCAUUUCUUCAGAUUCCAUAUAUAUGAGUUAUCAUAUGGUAUUUCUUUUUCUCCUUCUGGCUUACUUCGCUCUGUGUGACAGUCUCUAGGUCUAUCCACCUCAUUACAUAUAGUUCCAUUUCAUUCCUUUUUAUGGCUGAGUAAUAUUCCAUUGUAUAUAUGUGCCACAUCUUUAUCCAUUCAUCUGUUGCUGGGCAUUUAGGUUGUUUCCAUGUCCUGGCUAUUGUAAAUAGUGCUGCAGUGAACAUUAUGGUACAUGUUUCUUUUUGGAUUAUGGUUUUCUCAGGGUAUAUGCCCAGUAGUGGGAUUACUGGGUCAUAUGGUAGUUCCAUUUUUAGUUUUUUAAGGAACCUCCAGACUGUUUUCCAUAGUGGCUGUACCAACUUACAUUCCCACCAACAGUGCAGAAGAGUUCCCUUUUCUCCACACCCUCUCCAACAUUUAUAGUUUCUAGACUUUUUGAUGAUGGCCAUUCUGACUGGUGUGAGGUGACCCCUCAUUGUGGCUUUGACUUGCAUUUCUCUAAUGAUUAGUAAUGUUGGUUAGCUCUGUUUUUGAAGUGGGAUUUUCUGCCAUUUGCCUCAAACAGCAGUUUUUACUUUUGGUGGUUUUUACAGAUUAUUCUAUAUCCCAGGGAGAUUGUUCAUUUAUAUGAAAUCCCAAAGUGUACAUGGGUGAGUUUCAGGAGGCAUGAGUACCUUGAAAUGUUAUACCAAGUUCUGUGUGUAAAUGAAAUCGACUUGGGGCAGGGAGUGCUGCAUAGCUUUGCUUAGAUGCUCAAAAGGAUUCAUUACUAUAAAAAGACUGGAUUUCUUCUCUGCCACUUUUGUUCCCCUUCACUCACCUCAUACUAAGAGCAAUUGCUCUCUGACUUCCCUGAAAGCAUUCCAGUUGGAGACUUACAUCACUUAUUUAGCAUUUUUGGUGCAAUUUUAUAUAAUCACCCAUUUGUAAUCCUUUAAAUAUAUUCCUUAAAGGGACCUCUUUACAAAAAAGUAUUUCUCAUUUCACUACUUCUUUGCAUUAUACACAUUUUUACAGAGGUAAUUAAAUCAGAAAAAUACAGCUGUAUCAAAAUGAUAAUUCACACAAAAUCAAGAUAGAGAAUAAUUUAAAGCAAUAUUAUGCAAAGAAAAAAGCAAAUAUAGAAGUAUAAAUUCAGAGCGAUAUAGCAAUGAAGUAGCCAAUCGAAGGAUCCUACAAAUAAGUUUUUGUACAUAUUUUACUGAAAAGGAUGGAUUACCAUAUGAAUCUUACGGGAAUAAUGUAAAACGAAUUAUAUUACUCUAUGUAACCCUGCUUACUGGGAGAAUCAUGCCCAUUUAGUGAUUUUACUAUUCUUGUGUUUAAAUGUGACUGAAGUUUUUGCUAUAAAUUCUC